AUGGAGAACAAGCCACUUCAGAGCCGCUCCCAGCUCAUCAAGCUUUCACCGAUCAUUAGCAAGGAUGGCCUUCUUCGAGUCGGUGGACGACUGGAUAAUUCACAAUUACCAGCUGAUGUCAAACACCCAAUGUGGCUUCCCAAAUCGCACAGCACUAUAAAGAUGAUUUUGGAACACGAACAUGCGUCAAAUCUGCACCCUGGAGUUUCAGCACUUUUUGUCAUUAUCCGCCAAAAAUAUUGGGUCUUUAACGCACGCAACCUCAUAAGGAAUCUGGUGCACAAUUGCAUCAAAUGUUUUCGCCUACGAAAUGAAACAGCACAACAAUUCAUGGCCGAUCUACCGGGGAUUCGCAUUACAGAAGCACUUCCCUUCCAGCACUCAGGCUGCGAUUACGCUGGUCCAUUUACUCUCAAGGAAAGAAGAGGGCGAAAUCCACGGAAAAAUAAGGGCUACAUAUGUCUGUUUGUCUGCCUCGUAACAUCAGCCAUUCACUUGGAACUGGCCACCGAUCUCAGCACAGACACCUUCAUAGCAUGUCUUCUUUAG